CUACUCUUACCUAUGAUACUCUCAGGUUCGAAUAUGAAGACUUCCCUGAGACCAAAGAACCCGUUUGGAUCCUUGGCCGGAAAUACAGUGUUUUUACAGAGAAAGAAGAGAUCCUGUUGGAUGUGACCUCUCGGCUUUGGUUCACCUACAGAAAGAACUUCCCUGCUAUCGGAGGAACCGGUCCCACGUCUGAUACUGGCUGGGGCUGUAUGUUGCGGUGUGGCCAGAUGAUCUUUGCUCAGGCCUUGGUCUGCCGGCAUUUGGGAAGAGACUGGAGGUGGAUAAAAGGGAAGAGGCAGAUGGAUAAUUACUUCAGUGUUCUUAAUGCCUUCAUUGACAAAAAAGACAGCUACUACUCCAUUCACCAGAUAGCCCAGAUGGGAGUUGGAGAGGGAAAAUCCAUAGGUCAGUGGUAUGGACCAAACACAGUCGCACAAGUGCUCAAAAAACUUGCAACUUUUGAUACGUGGAGCUCGCUGGCAGUCCACAUAGCCAUGGACAACACAGUAGUGAUGGAAGAAAUCCGGCGGUUGUGCCAGUCCAACUUCCCGUGUGCUGGAGCUGCAGCAUGCCCUGCUCUGGAGUCAGACGUACUCUAUAACGGGUACCCAGAGGAAGCGGGGGUUAGAGAUAGGCUCUCCCUGUGGAAACCAUUGGUGCUGCUGAUACCUCUCCGCCUUGGGCUCACAGAGAUCAAUGAAGCCUAUAUUGAAACACUAAAGCACUGCUUCAUGAUGCCCCAGUCGCUGGGAGUGAUCGGAGGGAAACCAAACAGUGCUCACUACUUCAUUGGCUAUGUAGGUGAGGAACUCAUUUACCUGGAUCCCCACACUACGCAGCCUGCAGUGGAGCCCAACGACAGCGGCUGUCUCCCUGACGAAAGCUUCCACUGCCAGCACCCUCCCUGCAGGAUGAGCAUUGCCGAGCUCGACCCCUCCAUCGCGGUGGGCUUCUUCUGCAACACUGAGGAGGACUUUAACGAUUGGUGCCAGCAAAUCAAAAAGCUGUCCCUGGUAAGAGGAGCGCUGCCAAUGUUCGAACUGGUCGAACGCCAGCCGUCGCAUUUCUCCAACCCCGACGUCCUGAAUCUCACACCAGACUCCUCUGACGCUGACAGAUUGGAAAGGUUCUUUGACUCGGAAGAUGAAGACUUUGAAAUCCUGUCCCUUUGAAAUCAAAUAGGAAACUGACUCUGCAAAUCUGUGUUAUGUGUGGGGAGAAGGGGGGGGAGGGAAGCUCCUUCGAGAGUCUGGGGCUACCGGUUUUCAUAGGCGCUUGCUGCCAUCCCUGCCUCUUGUCCAUCCUGGCAUUCUGUGCAGCCUCGGAGCAGAGCGCGCGUUAUCUGCGUUGGGAUGAAGAACCAAGUGGGUCUUACAGCCCCACUGCCCAAGUUGGAAUUUCUCAGCAGAAAACAGUUGCUGGAAGUGGAUGCAGUGGUGCUCGGGAGUUCAAAGCCCAUCUGUUACAUCGGCAGGUCGGUUGGCCUGGGGGAGGCACAGGAAUGGUUAGAGCGCUAAAUCCUUACGUGAGGACUCCCCUCUGCAGCUUAACUAGAGCCGCCCGUCAUUUAGCAGGUGAAAUGUUCAGUUAAUUCCUUUAGCAGCUUCUCUGCUCGCUGGCCAACUCGGACUGCAGCUCACAAAGCAAAUGAACAGCAGACACAUCCCAACGAGAUGGCUGUGAAGCC